AUGGCAGCGGAGUACUCAAGCAACUUCACACAACCAUGCGUUCCCAAAUUUGAUGGGGACUAUGAUCAUUGGAGCCUGAUCAUGGAGAAUCUUCUUCGAUCGAAGGAGUAUUGGAGUGUGGUUCAAACCGGAUACAAGGAGCCAGGAGAAGAAGAAGUGUUGUCGACUGCAUAUCAGAAAGCUUUAGAUGACGCCAAACUGAAAGAUUUGAAGGCGAAAAACUAUCUUUUCCAAUCCAUUGACAAGUCUAUCCUGAAGACAAUCACACGGAAGGAGACGGCGAAGCAAUUAUGGGAAUCAAUGAAAGUCAAGUAUCAGGGUAAUGCUAGGGUUCAACAAGCACAACUUCAAAGGCUUCGGAGAAGUUUCAAGAUUCUAGAAAUGAAGAUAGGAGAGUCAAUUACUGACUAUUUUAGGAGAGUGAUGAUAGUCGCCAACGAUAUGAGGAAUUGUGGCGAAGACAUGCCUGAUGUCAAAAUCGUAGAGAAAGUUCUUCGUACACUCACGGAAAACUUUAACUACGUAGUGUGCUCGAUUGAGGAGUCGAAAGAUAUCGACCAACUCAUGGUCUAUGAAUUACAGAGUUCCUUGCUUGUUCAUGAGCAAAAAGUUUGA